AUGUAGACCUAUAUUCUUAGAUAGGAAAGGUUCAAUGCACGAUGUCCCUGCUGCUAAUGGUGUCUGGACAGUGGAUGUGAAGGAUUUUACAAGAUGACUGUUCACUGCACUUUAUUAAUGGAGCCCAGCCACUGGUAGAAAUGUGUAACCUCUCUUGAAUACACUCUUGGAAUUAGGACAUUGUCUAUCACCACCAUGGGGAAUGGGUCUUUAGAUCACGGUAUAGCGAGUGACUCUGACCUUCACAUCUACGGUGUCACACUGUCCAUUCUGACGGGUUUGAUCUGUUCGUUUGGUGCACUGACCAACAUCCUCAACGUGGUGGUCUUUUCCAGGCAAGGGCUCGCGGACACAGUCACUGUUACCUUCUUUGCCUUGUCCAUCGUCGACGUUGGUGUGACCAUCACCAUGUUUGGCGUCGGCCUCUGCUUCAGCCCCCUGAUCACCGAGGCGGGCUACCCGGUCAACACGUUUGACCUGUCCUACAUCAUCGGCUGGACGCACAUUGCGUUUUCCCGCGUUUCCAGUGGGAUGACGACCUUUGUGUCUUUUGAGAGGUGUCUGUGUAUAGCCAUGCCUUUGAAGGUGAAGAGAAUCAUUACUUUAAGGAGGACGUAUGUCUUGCUGGUGGUGAUCACACUCAUUAUGACCAUGAGUACCGUCCCAGUCUUCUAUACGAGCAGGAUGGCCUGGGUUCCAGAUCCAGUCUCACACCAAAUCGUUCUUCAAAUGGUCUACACAGAUGACCGCUCACUUGUCGAUAGCAUAUCAUUUGGCAUCAACACGGUCUUCCUCGUUCCGGGAAUCUUUGUCGCCUUGAUUAUUUUUACGGUCAUACUUAUCAUCAACUUGAUCAGAAAGGCGAAAUGGCGCAGAUCCAUAUCAGGUGAUUGCGUGGCGUCAAAUGAAGAGAUGAAAGAGAGAGAAACGCUUAGCGUUAAAGACAGAAAAGCGAUCAAGAUGGUGGCCAUCGUCUCUGUUGUCUUCAUCGUGUGCUACGCCCCUGGUAUUACCACAACUAUGACAGCCAUCGUGGUGCCGGACUUUAAUGUGGGACGCCGAGAACAAAAUAUUCUCUUUAUCACUGGAACUCUGACCCUCUUCUUGGAGUCCAUCAACUCUUGUGUCAGUAUAUUCAUUUAUUUUAACAUGAGUUCAAAGUUCAAGAAAACAUUCUACGAUAUGGUAUAUCUAUGCAGAUGUAGACAGAUCAUAGACUAGUCAGUAUGCCACCUUUUUUGUGCUGCGACCCUUAAGACUUGGUCUAUAAUAUUGGUUACUUUUGUUUUCUAAUAGCGCAUUGAAAGACGGUUAAGAUUUUUUACAAUUAAUUCAAUGGAAAAGUUGUACGAAUUUUAAAAGGAAAGAGACGAAUGUUUUAAGCAAUAAAAGUAUUUUUUGUC